AUGGAAGAGCAUGGGAAAGAAGUAGGAAGCUUGUCACCGCCAACCACUAGAACACGCGACAGCCAAGCCAGCCCUGCGGCCAUACUGACGAUUGCUUUAGCAAGUGGCAUCGGAUACUGUUCCUGGAAGUUAUGGAAACGCUGGCAAGACGGGAAAAAGGACGAGCGCGACCUUCAUCCCGCCGGGUCACCUCGCCAGGAGAAUGCGACGAAGAGCAGGAGCAAGGGCAGCUCCUUUACCUUUGACAAGCAGCCCAAGUCCACCACAGCCAAUGUCAGCAGCAGCAGCAGCACCACCACCAACAACAACAGCAACAACCGCAGACCCUCCAGGCAAGACCAGAAGCCCAAAUCCCAGAAGCAAUUACGGAAGGAGGCGAAGCAAGCCAAGAAGGCGGCCCGCGAGCUGGCUGCUCGGGAUGCGGAGGGCGCCGCACUGGCGGCCACCAUCGCCAAGCGUGCCAAGGACUUGGGGCUUGGGCAGCAACAGCAGCCGGAGCCGCAAAAACAGUACUACGUGGACUAUGAGGGCGUCACGAAGGCGUACGACAAGAUCGUGGAAUGGCAGCAGACCGGCAAGAAGAAGUUCUGA